AGCAUGUCAAUGUGAGCUUUGAAUCAGAGUUGUGAGAAAUGUGUGACUGCAACAUGUCUAAACAAGGUAUUGGAAGGUAUUUCCUCUCCAUUAAGAACAAGGUAAGCUCAGACUGGAAGGACCUGGCUUGGUGUCUUGGGUUUGAGACACCAGACAUAGACAACAUUGAUGGCAAACACCGGGAUGACAAGUCUCGCUGUAUGGACCUGUUACAGCAAUGGUACAAGCGGGAGGGAAACGCUGCCACCAUACAUGUGCUGAUGGAGGCCCUACAAGAUGCAGAGCUACAACAUGUGGUGGACAGUCUGAAGGACAAAUAUCAUGAACUGUGCUGUACAGAUCCAGACCUUCCAGUGCACGUACAGUUGGGCAUGGCGAACCAAACAUCUGCUCAUCAGAGUCACACUGGGGACAUCAGGAAACAAAUCUCAGAGCGAAUCCUGGAAGUUGAGCGAACUCUAUUUACUGUAGAGGUGCUCAAUGAUCCUGUUCGCUACAGGAAAGUACGAAAACUCUUUAAAAAGCACAAGGCUCUGUUGAAGAGAGCUCUUAAGGGAUCUGUCAUCUUCCUCUUGACGUUCCUGCGCCAGACUGAUGUGGACAGGUUCUACCACAACCACUACAGGGUGGGGGAGGGCAGCCUGUCUCAACAACUCUCACACAUCCUCAUCUCAGAACACCUACAGGACAAGGUCAAGGGUGCACAGCUGAUCGUGAGGCUCCAGGUGAAGCAUGAAGACUAUGUAGGAGUACGAGGCAGACUGGGGCGAGGUGAGAAAUGCAACUUAUACUUAUGUCUUGUUUUUGUUUGGCAGACAGAUGACUUCAUUUCAAUGGAACUGAAAAUAUUUGCUAAUGAUUGAUCAAUUUUAGCACAAAAAUUCAAUAUGACAGUAAAUGUUUAUAGAGCAGCAAGUACUUUUAGUACUGGUGUCACUUGGUCUUACCUAUCUGAAGAUGAACUGAACUGCAUACUAUUACUCAAUUAUUCCUUUUGAACAGGACUGGACCGUACCACUUCUGUCGACAACCUAAUGACCCUGCUACCCCCCAGCAGACACGUGGACCAUUCCAGUCUGAGAGGCCUAGACCUGGCUGUGAUUGGUAGGGAGGACCAACCCUUUACAGACAGGGCCGAUAACACCACAUUGUACAGACAAGUACAGUCAGCCGUACAAACAACUAGAGAGAAAUCCAAACAAGAGGUAAAAGUUCAGCUUCAGACAAUGCAGGGGCAGGUGCUGACUGGCAGGCAGGGAGUAGAUGCCUUGAUGAAGGAGGUAAAGAUUCUAAAAGAGAAAAACGAGAAAGAGGAGAAAAUCCUCCUGGAACAGAAGGCAAAAAUGAAUGGGGAAAUUCAGAAACUUCAAGAGACCAACAAGAACAUGGAGGCCAGAAUAGAGGAGCUGCUGACAGCCAAGCAACCGGUGGAGAGGGGAAGUCAGCAGAAAGAUCCAAAACACCCCAUGUCUGACAAACUUGCAAUGGAUAAGUUGGCAGCAACAAAUACAGGGCAAGUCAAACAGUCAGUGGUUCAGGCAAAAAGGAAACAUUCUGGUGCAAAUGUCAGGCCAAUCAGGGUGGGACAACCAUGGGUGAGGAAAGUCAGGUUUGGGGGAGAGGGAUAUCACAGGGGGGAAUUUCCUUUGGGAGUAGCUGUCUCACAGGACAAUGAGGUUUACAUUGCUGAUCGCAGUAACAAAAGAAUCCAGGUGUUCACAAUGGAUGGUGUUUAUAUCAGAGAGUUCACAACAACUGUGCCAGGGGAAACCAGUAAAACGUUAAAACCUGAGGAUGUUGCUGUAGAUGGAAAUGGCAACCUUUGGGUGGUAGGUGAGGAUCAUGUAGUGCAGUAUUCCAGGGAAGGCACAGGUUUGGUCAAAAUAGAUAUUCCACAUGUUGAGUUUUUAUGCUGCAUAACUGUAGCUAUGGCAACAGAACCUGAACAGGUGAUUGUUACAGAGUAUGAUGGGGAGAAUGGUCAACUUCGAGUAUUUAAACAAGAUGGUUCUGAUGUGGGGAUAUAUGGUUCAGGUCAUAGGUCACCAACACCUUGGUGGCCACGGUAUGUCACUGUGGAUGGGAAGGGAAACAUUCUGGUCACUGAUGCCAGCAAUCACUGUGUCCAUGUCUUGGACAGAGAGGGGAACUUCAAGUUCAAGUUUGGGAGUGAGGGAUAUGGUGAAAGUCAGUUGAAAUAUCCUCGUGGAAUUUGUGUUGAUGGGAUGGGAAACAUCAUUGUGGCUGACAGUGGAAGUUGUUGUGUGAAAAUGUUUGACAGUCAGGGCAGAUUUCGGUGUAACAUUGGAAGUGGUAUGAAGGGUCCCUGUGGUGUUGCUGUGUCACCAGGUGGAGAUGUGGUAGUGACUGAUUGGGAAGAUUGCACUGUAUCAGUCUGGACACAGGGUUAGUGCUGUACCAUGGAAGGUAAACUUCAUGCUAUAAUAUACUUAGUAUAUUACACAAUGUAAUCUGGCCAUUAAAAUCACAUUUUGUUGUUUUCCAGACUUCAGAUAAUAAUCGAGUAUUAAUCAUACAAAUGAUUGGCUAUACAAAUGUAUGCUCGUUCUCAUUGAAGUGUAAAAAAUACUGUCGCCUGCCUUCACGACUUGAUAUGGAGCAAAUUAUACACAACAUCAUUGGUCCCUUCGUUUCGGUCUGCCUAAACACCACAAACGACCACAAACGACCCAGAAACACCACAAACGACC